AUGGAACAUAUAGCGGAUGCGUGGCAUCUCGCCGUCUGGAUAUAUAGCAGUGGUGGCGAUCCGCUGCGAUUAGGAUUCCACCUCUAUAUCAUGAACGCGUCUAGAUCUACCCUCUCCCGAACCCUCCAUCCAUCCCCCUCCUUCCGUACCCCCCCAUCCACCCGACCCAUCCAUUCCACCCACCCCAUCCACUCCCUCUCCAUCCCACCCCUCCCCACCACCCACCUCCGCACCCUCCUCCACCACCUCGGCGCCCCGACCACCGGCACCAAACCCACCCUCCUCACCAAUCUCCGCACCGCCCUCCACCUCCACCGCCUCUCCCCCACCCCCCGUCCCACCAUCGUCAGCAUCGACCUCGGCCUCCGUAACCUGGGAAUCUGCGUCGCGCAGCUCGACUUCCCCCCUGCAUCCUCAUCGUUAUCCCCAUCCCUUACCGUCACCCACUGGCGGCGUAUCGAGCUCGUCCCUGCCGUCCCCUCGCCCUCCCCCACCCCCUCCGACUCUCUGCAAACAACAUACCUCCCCCCCGACCCAUUCGCGCCCUCCGCGCUCGCCUCGCUCGCGCGUCGGGUGGUGGACGAAUGGGUGCGUCCGCAUAAGCCAUCUGCGGUGUUGAUCGAGCGGCAGCGGUGGCGGACGGGCGGGGCGGCGGCGGUGCAGCAGUGGACGGUGCGGGUGGGGUUGUUGGAGAUGGGGCUGUGGAGCGUGUUGGGGAUGGGGGAUGGGGAAAGGAGGGAGGUGGUGGGGGUGAGUCCGGCGAGGGUGGUGGGGUGGUGGGUUGGAGGGGAGAAGGGGGGGAAGGGGGGGAAGGGGAAAGGAAAAAGGGAGAAGAGCAGGAGGGUGGAGGUCGUGGGGCGGUGGGUGAGGGAGGGGGUGGGGGAGGGGGAGGGGAUAACGGUGGGGUUUGAAGGGCAGGCGGGAGAGAUGGCGAGGGCGUUUGUGGAGCUGGGGAAGAAGGGGCGGAGGAAAAAGGGAGAGGAGGAGGGGAUCGGGAAGUUGGAUGAUUUGAGUGAUUGUUUGCUGCAGGCGGCGGCGUUUGCGAAGUGGGAGGGGAAUAAGCGGAUGAUGGAGGGGAUGACGGGGGAGGAGUUGAGGGCUUGGGGAGCGGGGGAGGUUCCAGGGAGAUAG